AUGUUUUGUAAUCUUGAAUUUUCUGGAUACGACUCGAUUGAGUUGUAUGUUCUGCUCCAACAACCAAACGAGAGCCAGGUCGUUGAUCCCAUCGAAGUAGAACAAGCUGAGGUCGAUGCAAUUGAUGAAGACGAAGAAGAUCCAGAGUUAGCAUUUGAUGACAUGGUGAACGAUGAUUCUGAAGACGAUGUUGAAGGUGUAAUACCUCCAAUUUCAAUAUACACACCGUCGUCUCACAUGUCGAACGUUGACAUGGCCGAUGAUGAACCCUCAUCAGACAUAUUCCACAAUGUCUGCAUGCAGUCAGAUGCAACCUUAAAAGAGAAAGAUAGUUUUCGUUCGAAGGAUGAGUGCAUGCGAGCAAUAAAAAAGUUCCACAUGUUACACUCUGUGGAUUUUAAAGUUGACCGAACAAAUGCAGAACGGUACAAAAUCAAAUGUACCAAUACCGAGUGUUUGUUCAAGCUCACUGCUUCAUACAGGUUGAGAAGUGAUUCAUGGGUGAUAGGCAAAAUUUCCCAACCUCACACUUGCAUCAACUCUUCUCGCUCGCAAGAUCAUCGUAAGUUAAGUUACGAUCUGAUAUGUCAAGAAAUCUUGCCUCUCAUCAACAAUGAUCCAUCGUUGAAGGUGAGAACAAUAAUUUCUCACAUCACUAAAGUAUACAACUAUACGCCCUCGUACAGGAAAGCAUGGUUAGCAAAAACCAAGGCGAUUGAACAAGUAUAUGGUAAUUGGGAGGAAUCAUACAAAGAGUUACCCCGCUACUUAAAUGCACUCUGCACUUAUGCUCCUGGUACUAUUUAUGAGAUGGAAACAUUGCCCGCGUAUGCCCCAAAUGGUACUCUUGUCAGCGGAAAUGGAAUAUUUCAUCGUCUAUUCUGGGCCUUCCAACCUUGCAUCAGAGGGUUUUCAUUCUGCAAACCUAUUAUUCAAAUAGAUGGAACGUGGUUGUACGGAAAAUACAAAGGCACCCUACUGAUGGAAGUCGCACAAGACGGAAAAAGAAACGUCUUCCCAAUUGCAUUCGCUCUAGUCGAGGGAGAGACCGGUGGAGGUUGGAGUUUUUUUCUCAAACAUCUUAGAACACACGUGGCUCCGCAAGAAGGUCUCUGUUUGAUCUCUGAUAGACAUGCUUCUAUUGUUAGUGCAUACAAUAACCCGGCUAAUGGUUGGCAUGACCCCCCUUCUACGCAUGUCUUCUGCAUUAGACAUAUUGUACAAAAUUUCACGCGAGAAAUUAAAGACAGGGCCCUUCGAAAAUUGGUUAUGAACGCAGGGUAUGCAUUAACUCAACCAUCUUUCAAACAUUAUCGUAGAGAGAUUAGACUGUCAAAUCCAGAUGCAGGUACUUGGAUUGAUAAUAUUCCAGUGGAGAAGUGGACAAGGUCAUACGACAAUUGA